CGUAUAUAACAAUAUAACAAUUUAAAUAAUAGUAUAUUAAUUUUUUUUAUAAAGUUAAAUGUAGUUGGCUUUUAAUAACAGUAACGCAGAGCUUGAAAUAACCGUUGAAAAUGUUAACAAUUGGUACUUUGGCCAAUAUAAAAUUCAUUCUACAAAAGGAUAUUUUCAAUGGUUGUGGUGAAAGAUUGCUAUCAGUAGUUACUGUGACAAAAACUUUUAAAAAGAAACGGGCUUGUUAUCUAUGUGUUGUCACAACUCCUCCCCCUGUGCCAGUUGUGACGGUUUGCUUAGUAAAACAGUCGGAGCAACGGGAAGGUGAUUAUAAAAAGAAACGUACCUGGCAGCUGGAUGAAGUUAAAUGGGUUGAUGGCAGGAAUGAACAAUUCGAAACCCACGAAUUUGAUAUACAAUUGGAAAAAUUGUAUAAAUGGUAUGCGCUAAAUUUACAUGAGCGUCAAAAUUUCUUAGGUGUUCUAUAUAAACAAAUUCAAAAAUAUGUACGCGGUCAAAGUGCUGAAUUUCGAAAUGUUCCAAAUGCUUGGCUUACAGAGAAAUCGCCAGAGAAAAUACUGUCAGCACAAAUUGAUGGGCGUCAAAAAGCUGCACAAGAUACGGAAGAUGAAGAGGAAGAGGCACAAGAAUUUACUGCACUAACUGAUAAAGAAGCAUCUGAAUUGGGUAAGUUAUUCUCAACGUGUGAUUUUGCUGUGAAAAAUGCGGAACAGUUAAUUGAGACUUUAUCAAAGGAGUUGCACGAUUUAGACGGUGCAAACGUACAAAGUGUUUUAGCAUCUGAAAAGCAAGUGUUUAAGCUAAUGGAGUACAUUGACAGCGCCAUAGAACAAGCCGAGAAAUUUGAAGAACGCUUAGAUACGUAUGAAGAGAUUUUAGGCCACGUAAAAGAAACAAUGGAAAAGAUAGGAGGGAAAAACGCAAUGAUUGAAAUAGCCAACAAUAACAAUAUAAAAUUAAUGAAAGAACUUAAUAAGGUUAUUACACAGUUGGAUCUACCACCCAUACAUCAACAAGCACUUGAUGAUCCUGACUUAAAAACACCAGAAGGUCGAAAGGCAGCUAUUUCUGCUGCACAAAGCCUGCAAUCGGCCAUGAAUAGUGACAUUGAUCCUUCUUUACUUCGUCUGGAAGCAGUACAGGAUCAACGUAAACGUUUUGAGAAGUGGAAAGCCAAGUUCUCGGUAACAGUUAGUCGUUUCAUGAACAAUCUUUUUAUACAUUUGGGUAAUGAAAUAAGUGAUAUGCCAAUUUCGUGUACUGAAUUGUUGUUGCCAAAUCAUUCCUCCGUACAUAGAGAACUUACACCAUAUACCGAGUUAAUGCAUUGGACUAAAGCGAUGGAUAGAAAAACGUAUGAGGGUUUAACACGUGUAUAUACAACGUCAUUGAGCAAAAUUUAUGAGCGAGACAUAAGAAACUUCUUUGCAGUGGCAAAAUCACAAGUAUCAGAAAAAUUGCGUACCUCUCGAGAAGAUUUAGAUACUUCUACAGCGUCGAAAAAAUCAGCAGUUUCUGCAGUGCCUUACGGUACGCUUGGUGUGAAUAAAGACCAAUGGACGCCUGGUGUGGAUAGUGCAGAUCGUGAACGGUUUGAUACUGUUUUAGAAAAAGUUCUUGCUGAACUAGAACCAAUAGCUUUGCAGGAACAAAUGUUUUGUAUUAAUUUUUUUCAAUUGGAUGUAAUAAGCCCUACAACCAAAAAUACUCAAACAACACUGGACGUUUUAGAAAAGAGUGUUGAUAUGUCACAGUCACUGUUAGCAUCUCCAUCUUCAGUUAGUGGUGAAAAUAUAUUUCCGCAAAAGAAAAUAGAUCGUCAAAUUAAUGAAGAGGUCCGUAAGCUAAUGAUUGCUUUAUUUGGUUGUUUAGAACCAGAAUUGGUGAACUUUAUUCAAAGCUUCGAACGCAUUGAUAGCUUCUAUUCCUUGUACGUGCUUGUACGCCUAACACAGCAUGUAAUGUCUGCACAGGACACACAUUCCUUUUUAAGCAUGAGUUUUGCAUCAGCAUUAGUGCAAGUCAAACGUAAUUUUGAUCGUUUCAUGCAACAACAAUUACAGUCAAUUAAAGAUUCGAAAGUGCCUAAACGUUCGAAGUGCGGAAUUUUGCCGUAUGUUGAAAAUUUUGAAUAUUUUGCGCAAACAGCAGAAGGAAUAUUUCGAAAAUCGAAUCGACGUACAGAUAUGGAGAAGUGGUAUUUGCAACUGGUGAAUGCAAUAUUUGAAAGUGUAUCAGUCCAUGCGCAGGAUCACCCGAAAACGCCGUCACAAGUAGUGCGCAUGGAGAACUAUCAUCAUAUGUAUUCGCUGCUGGCACAGCUUAAAGUGCCUGGUCUAGAUAGUCUCAAGAAAGAAGCCAAGUUGCGAUACAAUGAUGCGCUUAAAGCGUAUGUAAUACAAUACUUUGGAAGACCAUUGGAAAAGUUAAAUCAAUUCUUCGAAGGUGUACAACAAAAAGUCGCUCAAGGUGUUAAAGAAACAGAAAUUAGCUAUCAAAUGGCUUUCUCAAAGCAAGAACUACGUAAAGUUAUUAGUCAAUACCCGGGACGUGAAGUUAAAAAAGGACUUGAAAAUCUUUACAAAAAAGUUGAGAAACACUUGUGUGAAGAGGAGAAUCUUUUGCAAGUGGUCUGGCAUGCCAUGCAAGAAGAGUUUAUUGCACAAUAUAAUUUUCUGGAAGAACGCAUACAGAAAUGCUAUGCUGGUGCUAUGAUCAAUUUGGAAUUCAAUAUACAGGACAUACUCAAUUUCUUCUCGGAUAUCGCUCGUUCACAUUGAUUGAUAGCUUAACGAAAAUAUUCUGCAGGUUCACAAUUUUGGAAGGCAAUACAAACUAUGUUAUAGGAAAUACUUGCCUAUAUGAAAAAACUUAUUUAAUUGCUUAGCACUGCAUAUAUCAGUAUAAUUAUAUAAUAUAAAAU